CGACAAAACCAGAGGGAAAGUGGACGGCAUGAGUUGCUCACCCUUACAUACAAACUUUAGUAGAGGCUAGUGAUGGGCGUUACCCGUGAUUUUGUUUCAAUAAGAGGAGAUGUCCACAUGACCAGAGAUUCCUCAUUGAGGAAGUUCAUGGCCUCCUUCAGGAGAUGAAAAAUGUCAGCAUAGACAGCAUCGUGAUGGAUUUUGCUAAAUCCUCACUUCAUGAGCACAUCAUCCACAUAAAAAUAUGUGAACUUGACUCUGCUUGUGACUUGAAGCACAUAGACAUAGCUAUGGUGCAGCCAGAGUAUCAUGUGUAUCACCUAGAGUGUUAUGGACCAGGUAUUGAGGAGCUGGGUGAGGGAGAAGAAGAUAUUCCUGCAGCUACACAUUGGAUGUUGCCUUCAACUGAGUUUGAAGAUAUGUGGGAAAAUCUCAUAUAUGACACUCCAAUUAAGGAACAGCUCCUCAAGUUUGUUCGCACCACCCUUCUGUUUUCUGACAAAGGAAUGAAUAAGAACAUUAUCUCUUGGAACAAAGUGAUUCUGUUGCAUGGUCCACCUGGAACUGGGAAAACUUCACUGUGCAGAGCCUUGUCUCAAAAACUGAGUAUCAGACUAGACUCGAGAUAUAAGUAUGCUCAACUGGUUGAGAUCAACUCUCAUUCCCUCUUUUCAAAAUGGUUUUCUGAGAGUGGCAAAUUGGUGCAGAAGAUGUUCACCAAAAUUACAGAGCUAGCAGGUGAUCCUCAGUCACUGGUGAUUGUUCUUAUUGAUGAGGUGGAAAGUCUAACUCGUGCUCGUGAAUCCUCAUUAAAUGGAGCAGAUCCAAGUGAUGCUGUUCGAGUUGUAAAUGCUGUCCUUACUCAACUUGACCAGGUCAAUAAGUACCCAAAUGUCCUCAUUGUUACUACCUCCAAUAUAUCUGGUACAAUUGACCUUGCCUUUGUGGAUCGUGCAGAUAUAAAACAGUACAUAGGCCUCCCCUCUCGAGCUGCAAUCUACCAGAUCUACUAUUCGUGCAUCAAUGAAAUGAAAAGAACUGGUAUCAUUGUGGACAGUGAAACCAUCUUCACCUUAAAAGAAUUGGAAACAACUAACAUGAUUGUUAAAGAUGUGACAAAGUCAUCAUUAUUACUCUGGGAGAUAGCUGGAGCGAGUGUGGGUUUUAGUGGACGUACGCUGCGGAAGAUACCAUUUUUAGCUCAUGCUCUUUAUGCUGAAACUCCCCUCAUCUCAUUAUCUAACUUCCUUUCUGCUUUGCAAAUGGCUAUUAAAAAGCAGAAGCAAGACAGAGUUGAUAUAGGCUUGGUGAAAAAUCAUUAGAUAACUGAUUUUAAAAGAAAUUUAUAUUUUUGUACAUUUAUAAUACUGUACUGUAAUAUAUUUUUGGCAUGCAUUAAUAGGUUUAUGAAUGAA